AAUAAUAAUAAUAAUAAUAAUAAUAAUAAGUAUAUAAGUUCCGAGUAAGAUGUGGCUAUUUUCCUCUUCAGGUAAUUCUUUGUGUGUAGUAUUUGCGUGCAUCUUACAGAGCUCGCUGUUACCUAAUGCAAGGAAUGAAUUAGACAGCAAGACUUCCUGAUCCCUGACGAUAACGACGAUUUUUAUUGGUCAAAUAAACGGCUGUAUUGAUCGUACUGUUAACUUUACGGGACAGCACAGCUCUCUAAUUUAGAGAGGUUUUCCGCUAUUCUGAAGCCCACAGAAAAUGCUCUGUCCAGUGUUCUAAUGCAUUCUAGGGCGCAUUCUACUGGCGAAAUCAGAUGGGCCGCUUCAACGUGACGAUGCUUCGCUAUUUGACGGCGGACGAUUUUCGUGUGUUAACUUCCGUCGAAAUGGGUAUGAAAAACCAUGAACUAGUGCCCGGACCGCUUGUCGCCAUGAUUGCUUCGCUAAAGCACGGUGGAUGUCAAAAACACUUACACGAACUCUGCCGACAGAAGCUUCUCUCAUACGAACGUGGUCGAAAGUACGACGGUUAUCGUCUUACCAAUCUCGGCUAUGAUUAUUUGGCUCUGAAGGCAUUCACUGCACAAAACUUGUUAUAUUCCGUCGGAAACAAAAUAGGAGUAGGAAAAGAGUCCGAUAUCUAUCUUGUUGCUAAUGUAGAAGGCGAAGAACUGGUGCUUAAAGUUCAUCGACUGGGUAGAACGUCGUUCCGGAAGAUCAAAGAGAAGCGUGACUAUCAUGUCCAUCGUCGGAGCGCGUCGUGGUUAUACCUUUCUAGACUAGCAGCGGUCAAAGAAUACGCAUUCAUGAACGCCCUUCACCAACGGGGUUUUCCAGUACCAAAGCCAAUAGGUGUCAACAGACAUUGCGUUAUUAUGGAAUUUGUUCAAGGAACUACAAUGUGCCAAAUGCAGAGUAUAAAUAAUCCAGCUGAUUUGUACGAUAAGCUGAUGAAUCUUCUCGUGAAGCUGGGAAACGCUGGCUUAAUUCACGGCGACUACAACGAGUUUAAUCUGAUGUUAACUGAAGAUGAAGAGCCAAUUCUAAUCGAUUUCCCCCAGAUGAUAUCAACGAAACAUCCAAACGCCGAGUUCUAUUUCGAUAGGGACGUCGCUUGUGUAAGAGAGUUUUUCCGCAAGAAACUCGGUUAUGAAAGUGAGGAGUUUCCAACGUUUGCUGAUCUGGAGAGAGAUGAUCUUCUUGAUAUGGAGACAGCUGCAUCAGGAUUCACCAAAGAAGUUCGCGAGCAACUACACGAAGCACUCGAGGGAAUGAACAGAGAUGAAGAACCUGCUAAUGAUGACCAAGAGGAAAAUGAAGACGGCGAUAGUGAUGCUAGACAAUCUGAUGGAGUAGAGGACCUUUUACCUCAAAUGGGAAAAGUAAAGUUAAGCAAGCGAGAGAAAAAAGAAUUAAAGACAAGACAUCGUCAGCAGAUAGCGAAGGCCGAAGAACUCAACACGGAGCCAAAGAACGGCUGCAAUCCUUCAUUGAUGGAGAAAUUCUUUGGUGUAGAUGAUAUCUCAAAGGUGGAGGUUGAUUUUAAUACAAAUACUCCAGACAACGGUUCGAACUCGCAAAAAUCAAACGGCGAAGAAGAAGAACAAAAGGUUCCUGAGCUUCUACAAGCGAACUCUGCUGUUAAGAAGGAUGACAUAUGCCAACGUUCUGUCGUGUCAAGUUGCACAACGAUAGCUCCUGAAGAUGUUCGCGAGCGUAUGAAGAAACAGAUUCAAAGAAGGAAACAGCGUGAAAUGUACAAGAAGUCCCUAAUAGCAAAGGGUGAAAGCUCCGCGACAAAUCGAUUAAGGAGAGAUAAUCGAGAUAUCGUCAAGCAAUAUGCAGGAUGGGAAGAGUUUUAGUGUAACAUAGAAUUGCCGUCGUACAGUUUCCGUUUGCAAGGUGGAGUUGUUAAUAAUUUAAUUUCAAGCGGAAUUUUGAUUCGCUGAUGUCUUUAUUGCACAAAAACCUGGGAACCUUUUACUCUCUAGAGAGUUGAGGUUCCUAGUAAAAUCGACCAUCUGGGUAUAUAGUCCAUAGUGCAAACGCUCAUAUU